AGGCGUAGUCAGCUUUAAUGCCUCAUGUAAGUGAUAAAGGUAACAAGUCAUUCACAGGAAAUCAUGAUUUAAUGAAACAGAUACAUUUUGAUAGUGAUGAAUCGGAUGUAGAUGAUAUCCCUGUUAAUGACAGUUCAAGAAAUUUUACAUUGCUGUCAGGAUCAAAUGCAUGUGUGUCGAAUCAUGAUUCUCCUGUUGAGGGGUCUAGGUCAGUUGUCUAUCAGCCUUCUAAAAUUGAUAUCCCUGUUAAUGACAGUUCAAGAAGUUUUACUUUGCUGUCAGGAUCAAAUGCAGUGUCGAAUCAUGAUUCUCCUGCUGAGGGGUCUAGGUCAGUUGUCUAUCAGCCUUCUAAAAUUGAUAUCCCUGUUAAUAACAGUUCAAGAAAUUUUACAUUGCUGUCAGGAUCAAAUGCAUGUGUGUCGAAUCAUGAUUCUCCUGCUAAGGGAUCUAGAUCAGUUGUCCUAAAAGACUAUCUAGAUCAGCCUUCUAAAAUUGAUAUCCCUGUUAAUGACAGUUCAAGAAGUUUUACUUUGCUGUCAGGAUCAAAUGCAUGUGUGUCGAAUCAUGAUCCUCCUGCUGAGUGGUCUAGCUCAGUUAUCCAUCAACCUUCUGAAACUGUGCCGCCCUUGAAGACACCAGUUAUAACUUGCACAGCCCUGAGAACAGCAGUUAUAACCCCUAAUCCCUUAAGGACAAGUGUUAUAACUCAUUGUCUCCCAAGAGCAACAGUUAUUACUCAAGGACCCCAUUGUACAGUGUAAGUCACUGUAACAUUAACAGUAAUUUUCAGGUUAAAUAUUUUUGCAGGUUACAAUUGCCAUAUAUCGGAAAAAAACUGGUAUUUAUUUUUGUAUUUAUUUUGUUUGGAAAGCAGUGUGCGUAAUAAAGUAAACAGAUAUUUAAAUUAAAGAAGGGAAUGUUGUGUGAAUGGAUGGAACUUGUAACUUAAUCUCUCAAUUAUGCAUAUUACAUAGGUAAAAAGCAGCCUUGUUUUAUCAUAUUCUUUGAGUAUUUAGCUUUCUUCCCUUCCUCUUGAAGAAGAGGCAUCUGUGCCUUAUUGACCUCAAAAUCAAGAGUUUUAUUCAAAAUGUAUGCCAAACUUAAGUUGCUUUUUUGCCUAAUGUAACAUUUUACCUUUUUUCUUCCUUUUAAUCUAUAAUCUGAUUUAUCUAAUGUGAUGAAUAUGCCCGGUUACUACUGUGCUGUAAAUGUGUAUUUUUAUAUCUGAUAUUUGGAUUCUUUGAUCAUUUUUAAAUGAUUGAACCUAAAAGCUCUGUGUUUGUUUUUAAUAUUCAAUGGAAUAUUUGCAAAGAAUUUAACUAUAAAAAAUUCAAAUUUGCAAUAUCUUUGUGUCUCUCAAUUGUUAUACAUACUUAUUUUCUUAUCACAUUAUAUUCACAAAUGUUUUAUUUAAUUAAAAUGUUUCAUGGUUUUCUCUUUCUCAGCAAGCAUUAGCUCACCUUAAAAAACACUUGAUGCCCAGUAAAUUUUGCAAAAAGAUUAAAAAGGAUUUUUUCAACUACUUACAUUAUAAUUGUCUGAUGUUGAGUGUAAAGGAUAAACAGUUUAUGUUUUAUUGUUGCUGAAAUCAAUAGUAGCUGUAGGUGAAUUACUUAAUUAAUACUUAAAUUAAUAGAGCUGAUCUUUAGUACAUGGCCAGCAUCAGUUUGGCAAUAGUUGUUGGCGAAUAAUAAUUACAAAAUGAUAAAUUAGAAAUUAUUACUUAAAUUCGGAUGAAAAAAUAAUAUUUGGCCUUUUUUUAAAGCUGGGAUAGCAACUUGAAUAGUGAUAUAAUACAAGCAUGCAUCAAGAAACUGUUUUUAAGAAAAAAUGUAACUCUUUUGAGUAACAGUAAUGCAUUUGUUAAUCUUACUUUAAAGAUAAAUUAAUGGAAAUGCAUGUAAAAAAAUUGGUAUGGUUCUGUUAUCGGGACCGGAUUCAGAUAUCAUGGAAAGCUGAUGAUCUGGCGAAAAGUCAAAUUAAUCUCCAAAAUAUUUACAAGACGGUUAAGGAAAAUCCAAGGGAAAAAAAAAAAAAAUACAUUGCAGAUAUUGGUAAAAUUAGAAAUUUUUAGUGUAAAUAAAGCAAUUUGCCAAAGUAUGUUUAAAAAAAUUAUAGUUUUUCAUGCGCUUUAGACUGAAUAAUUUUUUGUUCCUGAAGAAAUCGUAUGGAAGAUGUUUUUUCAUCUUUAGGCAUGUUCCAAAUUUUUAUAUCUAUGGUAAAUACAAUAAUAAUAAAAACACAAGUUACCGUUACAUCUUUAGAAUUUACAUUCAAAUUGCCAGUUUCGAAAAGGCAUUCUUUUACUUUUUCUUAAAAAUGUUAACAUUAUAACGACGUUAAUCAUAAACACUGGGGACUUCGUGUGAACCAAUUGCUUUGUGAGUUUAGCAAGACAUUUUGAGGUGAAACAGAACAGUACCCAAAAAUUUUAGUAAGGAAGAAAGUCGGGCUUCUAAAUAAAGGUUUGAAACCUCUCUUGUCAUAGAAAAUUGUAAAUAAAUAUCCUAUACACUAAAUUCCCCCCUCCCGAAUUUGAAAUUUAUCAUUUUCUAGGAACAACAUACAAAAAAGUAUAUUGUGUAAUUUUCCAUUUUCUAAUUCUAAGCUAUAAAAUUUGUUAGAAAGAGGAAGAAUAUAUGCAUAAAUAUAGAAGCUAAAACAUGCUUUAUAUUAGUGUAUGUAUACUGUUAAUUAUAAAUACUGACACAUUAUGUAAAAUCAAAGAAUUAAAAGUAAGAGCAAGUAAAUAAAAGACUUCAGUAAAUUCGCUAGCUUGAAAUUCAAUUAUUUCUAAUUUUUGUUUAUUGGGUCGAUGCAGGUCUGACAGCAGGCCGGUGUAAUUGCACCAGGUUGCAGAAUUUAAGAGUGGCAAAAUUUUCAUAACUUAGAAGAACUAACAGAAAAUUUUAGGUAUAGCAAACUUUUUAUAAUUUAGAAAAGACAACAGCAAGUAGAGUUUUGGGGUGGCAAAAUGUUUAGAAUUUAGUGAAAUUCAGAGCAGCAGAAUUUUGAAGCUACAGAGAUUUCACCAGGCAGCAGAAAUACCUAGCAUCAGCCCUAGUUUAGUGAAAUAGGUUUAUGAAUAUGCUACAAUCAUCUUCAUUAAAUUGUUAAAAUAUUAAGAUUUAAAGUAAUUGAAGUUUCUAAACUCUGUGGAAAAUAUCAUAGGGAUUUAAAUACAAUCCUUAUGAUACUAAAGAGGAUAAUUUAUCACUUAUCAUACAUAAUUCUUUUCUAAGAAAAUUAUUUUGUUUAUCACUACAGUUAUUUGAUUUUGUUUCAGAAAUCUUUUUAGGAUGAAAAUGUAUAAAAGUGUAUAAAUAUUUGACAUUCAAAUGAAAGUUUCUGCUCGAGUAAUACUAAGGCUGUUUCCACAUUUUUUAGAUGAUUUUCAAUGUAUUUACCGGAAUACUUUACCUAAAAUGUUUAUGUUUUAAAUGUUCCAUUUGAUAACCCUUAUUCUUCACCGUCUUUCUACACUGUAAUUUCCAAGACAAAAAAGCUCUUUUUUUAGUAGCAGAAGUAUUUUAUCCCAUUCCUCUUGAACAGAUUUCCAAGUCCAAGGAGAAUUGUAGGUCGAUAUCUGGACAAUCUCCUUUUUUUAAAAGUCCAGAAGCACAAAAAUCCAGGGAUGAUACACCAGGUUCUGCGCUCUGUUUAAUUUUUAUUUGUUGUUAUAUCAAAAACUAGCAACAAUCAUAAAUCCCUUUCAAAAACUUUCUUUAGAUUCUUUGAACCAUUUUCUAAGAUUUUCUUUCUUCUCUUCCAUGAUAAUAAAUGAAUCACCUUUUUAUUGCAGUCAUUUAAGUAUACCCAAGAUUCAUCUAUUGUGACAACAUUUAUCAAUUUUUGUCCGAAUAAUUGUUUUUCACAAGAAUUCUGCCGUGCAUUCUAUUUAAUAUUUAAAUCAGCAUUAAUCACUUUGUUUAUAGUUCACACUGAACAUUAUAAUGGUUUUGCAACUUUCCUGUUACUUGGAGGAUUUUCUUUUAGCAAUAAAGAUCUUACUUUUGCAACAUUCAUUACGUUUUUUCCUUGGAUACAUAUUUGAAACAAUUUUUCUACUUGAAGCUAAAUUUUGACUUUUUUCCUUUGCUGUUGAGAACAUUACCAUUAACAUUAGUUACCUGUGACAUCUAUGUCAAAACUUCAUGGCUGUCACAGCAUUUUUUAGUAACUAAAUAUGAAUAAUUUUCUUUGGAAAGAGCACAAACUGAGCCUUCCAUCCACUGCUUCUUUAAAAGGGCCAUUUUGCAUGAAAACAAAAUUAAAUUGUCAAAUAGCAGGCGAUAAUUUAAACUUUCAAAAAUACCGUUGCAGUUAAAAAAAAUUUUACAAGCAGAUGAUUUUUUUUAAACACCAAAGUCAUCUAAAAAAUGUGCGAAAAGCUUCUGUUUGCUGUAUGUAUCAACAAAUCAUGAAAUUGCUGUUAUGAGAUUAUAUUUUCAGAGAUAAUUAUAUGUAUCUUUCUUAAUAUUUUUAUAUGAACUUUUGUUAUUUGUAUUAAUAGAGAAAAAAAUUACUUGAAUCUCCCUGUGUAUUUUUAUGUGAACUUUUGCUGUUUCUAUUUAUAGAGAGGAAUAUUAUUUGGAUAGCUCUCUGUAUUUUUAUAUGAAAUGUUUUUAUGUAGAGAAAAGUUAUUUGGGUGUAUCCCAUUAUUUUUAUAUGAAUUGUUGCUAAUUGUUUUUGUAGAUCUCUCUCAUUAUUUUUAUACGAACUGUUGCCGUUAAAUCAGAAACAGUGUUUUAUAACGGAAAUUUGUUACUUAAUUUUUUAUUUAAUUGCUUAGUUUUAUUGUUUAUUGUUUAUACAAUUAUACAUGUUCGUAUUUACUCUCAGGGAUAAGAAAAGUGUUGUGUUUAAUUAGAACAUUUUGAUUAAAAAAUGUUUAAUUUAGCAUUCAGUGUUUAACAUACCAUUGAAUUGUAAUACUUAAACAUCAUUAUUUAUGCAUAAUAUUACCUAACUAAUGGGUUUUCAUUAUAGGUUUUGUUGAAUUUAUUUCAGUAUUUAUAUAUUAACUAAUAAUAACUGUUAUUCUUUUAAAUGUUAACUCUUCAGUGAUGGUGCCUAUGUAUUUUUGUUGUCAAUAAUUUUCCAAUAAAAGCCAUCUAGCUAUUGCCAACAGCUUGUAAUUUUAGCUGUUGUCUGUUAA